UAACCACGAUAUCGCGAUAAGAAAAUAUCGAAGUGUAACAUAUCGAUGUCUCGAAAUAUCGAUAUGAUCGGUGCGCACAAGGCGUCUCUGUGCUAAAUUCGAUGGCUUCGUAUCCUCAUAUCAACAAAAUGUCGUUAGCCAGCUUGCUACCAGCACCGAGUCAGGUCGUCUGGGACCGCGAGGACGAGGCUCGAGAGCAGAAACUACGUCAGAGACCAGUGUCAGCUCUUGUGAAAGCAGUUAUAACCGCCCCACCAUACGGACAACGAAAGGGAUGGGUUCCGCGAACCCCCGAGGAUUUCGGAGAUGGCGGUGCCUUCCCAGAGAUCCAGGUAGCCCAGUAUCCCCUAGGAAUGGGUAUGAAAGGUAAGGAGUCAUCCAGCAAUGCCCUCGCAGUGCAGCUGGAUGCUCAGGGAAAGGUCAAGUAUGACAUGCUAGCUCGCCAGGGUCACGCAAAGGACAAAGUGGUCUACAGCAAGCUCAGUGACCUUCUCCCCUCGGAAAUAACCUCUGAAAAUGAUCCCUCCCUGCAACGUCCUGACGAGGAAGAAAUAGCAGAGAUAACAGAACGAACGCGGAAGGCUCUGGAGAAGAUAACCCAGUCGAAAAUAGCAGCAGCCAUGCCAGUUCGUUGUGCAGAAAAAUUGGGCCCAGCUCAGUACAUUCGCUAUACGCCCUCCCAACAGGGACAAUCCUUCAAUUCCGGAGCUAAACAAAGAGUCAUAAGGAUGGUGGAGGCCCAGGUCGACCCCAUAGAACCCCCAAAAUUCAAAAUCAACAAGAAAAUUCCGAGAGGACCGCCCUCUCCUCCAGCCCCAGUGAUGCACUCGCCCACGAGAAAGGUAACAGUAAAGGAGCAGAAAGAAUGGAAAAUUCCUCCAUGCAUCAGCAACUGGAAAAAUGCUAAAGGGUACACCAUCCCUUUGGACAAACGAUUGGCUGCUGAUGGUCGAGGUCUGCAGCAGGUGCACAUCAAUGAAAAUUUUGCUAAAUUAGCUGAGGCCCUGUACAUUGCUGACAGAAAGGCCAGGGAGGCUGUGGAGGCCAGGGCGCAGCUCGAGAAGAAGCUCGCCCAGAAGGACAAGGAGAAGAAGGAGGAUCACUUGAGACAGUUGGCCCAGAAGGCGAGGGAGGAGAGGGCGGGAUUAAAAUCAGCUGCUGCUCUGGAUAAAGCCGAGGAGUCCAGGGAGAGGGACCAAUUGAGGAAUGAGAGACACAAGGACAGAGCUCGUGAGAGGAAUCUUGCGAGAGCUGCUCCUGAUAAACGAUCGAGGCUCCAACGUGAACGAGAGAGGGAUAUUUCGGAGCAGAUCGCCCUGGGAAUGCCAGCCAAGAGUGUAUCCACUGGGGACGCUCAGUUUGAUCAGAGGCUGUUUAAUACUUCUAAGGGGAUGGACAGUGGUUAUGGGCAUGAUGAUGAGUACAAUAUUUAUGACAAACCAUGGAGGGAUUCCAAUUCUCUGGGUUCUCAUAUCUAUCGCCCUGGGAAGAACAUUGAUAAGGACAAUUAUGGGGACGAUUUGGAGAAAUUGGUGAAGACCAAUAGAUUCGUACCUGAUAAGGAGUUCUCGGGAACUGAUAGAAGUGCUACAAGGUCUGGGCCCGUGCAGUUUGAGAAGGACGAAGAGGAUCCUUUCGGACUGGAUCAGUUCUUGAAACAGGCGAAGAGGGCCAGCGGGACUGCCAGCAGUGCGGCGACCACGUCAUCCUCAGGGUCUAAGAGGAAGGAUGAGAAGGAACAUCGGAGGGAUGACAAGAGGAAACGACAUUGAUGGGGCAGUAGUGGAUUUUAAGAAUAAUUGUUUAUUAUUCUUUUUAUUAAAUAAUCAAUACAUUCAGGAACUUAUUAUGAAUCUUGAUUUGUUUAUAUUAUAAGGUAUUUGGAUGAAUAAAUGAUGAUAAUUAUUUGA